UUUCCAUCGUCUUUUUCAAUCAAUCAAGGGAUCCAUCUUGGACAUUGUUAUCAGAUAUUGCUCUUUUACCAUUUUGGCUACAUAGACCUUUGUCUAUAAAAGACCUGACAUAGGCAACUGGCAAUAUCAUUCGCACUUGCUGACUUCGUUUAGUACAAACUGUUACGUACGAUCACCUCUCUUUUAAGGCAUGGCAAUGAGUGGAUUGUUGGUGUGCGUCCUCAUGGCAGCGCUAGUGGGGGUUGGUUUGACAUUACCCGUAUCCAAGUCGGAUGGCAACACCAAACAGGGUGGGAUACUGCCAAAGCUACUGGACAGGAGGGAGGCAGUGAGGAAUGCUGCGGAGAACAUCGCUAAGCGGGAGCAAGACCCUCAAACGAGCAUAGCACGGAUGGAGAGGAUGUCGCACCUGUCGGAGGACCAGCGCGAGUUCAUGUCCAAGCAAAUCAUGCAGGCCAUCUCAGAGAUGAUGAACGAGUGUCCGGACCGGGACUACCAAGGAUGGGUAGACUUUGGACGGCGGCGGAGUGCAGAGUAGAGAUGUACCACAGGCACAUAUUCAGUUACUCAGGAAUCCAUUCCUAUUUUAAGUAAAUUGUAUAUUCUAAUUGGAUUAUGUCAUGAGUUUUGCUUUUAAUCCAAGUGUCAUAAUAAACAUGUUUGCAGUA